UCUUCUUUUUCCGUUAUAUUUUAAAGUGUUCUAAAUAGUAAAUAUGUCGGAAGAAGAUGAGUCAACAAAACAGCUACCAACAUCUGAAGCAAAUGAUGAAGUACAGCAAGAAGAAGAGAAAGAACAAGAAAAUGUAGAGGACAAUGAAGUGGAAGAAGAAAUUGAGGAUGGAGGGAGUGAUCAAGUAAACACAACGUGUGAUGAUUUAAUAGCAGAGGGGAACACUAUUGAAACUAAUACAAAUGACACACCACUAAGUGACAAACAAGCGAGUUUAGAAAAUGAUGAAAUAAGUUAUGAAGAGCAAGAUGUAGACAAUGAAUCAACUAAGGAACUAGAUAAGAAUUGCCUAAUCAAUGAAGAAACAGGAGAGUUGAGACCAGUACAAAAUUUGGGAAAGAAAUCUGGAAGGAAGGGUAAAGGGAAGAAACAUCGUGUAACUAUGACAGUAACCAUUGCUGCUGCUAUUCCUACCAGUGAAGAGGAUGGUCCAAAGAUGGAAGAUAUGGUGAGGAAGAAGAAACGCCUGAUGGAGGCGCCAAAAGCCCAGAACUAUUACCACUGCUCUUACUACCUACUGCCAGAUGACACGGAACCUAUCAAGACAGAUGUUGUCACCUUUGGAAUGGCGGCAAAGAUUUACACUGAUCAUGAUUCAAAGGUUAUCAAGACAUGGCAGGAAGGCCAACACACGUGGGUGGCAUGGAGUCACAGUCAAAAAUUAAAUAUUACCAAAGAUCUGCUCUUAAAACUGUUUGAUCACACUCUGCAACUGCGCAUUUGGGAAUCACGAGAAAAAGUAUCCGCAAGGGCUCGAUUUGACAGACCCAAGGUGUUCCGCUUGCCUCAAGCUAAGCCCGGCGAGGACUACGAGGAUGUUGGUGGUGUACGUUCGUUGGUAAUGAAGCAGUCACAGAGUUAUAUUGCUUUGCAGCCUAAGAAAUCAUUCAGUGAUAGGCCCAUGCCGCAGAAUCUUCCCCCAGAGCUCAAGGAAAUAAGGAACUAUAAUAAGAAAGAUAAUAAAGGUAGACAAAUAGUUGAAAAGCCAAGUAAGGAUUCCAUUCAAGUCAGUGAACCAAUCAAAAUAGUUCGCAACAGAACACCUGAAAUCAAGUCAAUAGUACAGAUCCAGAAACAGAACAGACGGUCUUCACCUGACCCAGUUUCAAAACAUGUGUCGCCAGAAUCUAUGAAGUCAUAUAAAAAAUUAGGUCAACUUGCAGGAACUGUCCCACCUGAGGAGUUAAAACAAAUUAAAAAGGAAUUAAAGCAACAGAAGGAAGAUGAAGAGAAGAGAAAAGAAGAGGAGAUAAAAAGUGCUACAAAAACAGGUAGUGGGAGUGCAAGGGGAAAAGUAGGGGAGGAGAAUGGACGCUCAACAACCACACCCAGUGGCAGAAUAGCUCUGAAGGAUUCUCCACAACAACGAGAAGCACGACGAAAGUCGCGAAAAGUAGAGCAAGCAGCUGUGGCUCUACAGGCGUACAUUAAACAACAUUACACUCCAUGUUUUCCAUUGCAUAUUGUAGGUCUUCGAUCAAUAACAAACAGAUUGGACCGCCCUGUGCCAGGAAUUGAAGACGUGUUUAUCACCGUCUCUCUGGAUGGUCCACUUAUGUCUGAGAGCCUGCGACAAGAGUUGAACCCAUUGGUUAUUAAGAUAGCGUCUGCAACGAAUUUGCCUGACAAGCCGUUGUCCUACGAGCAGCUGGAUGAGAAGUGUCUUCCGGUCUAUUGCAUGUACAAGUUUAUGGGGGAUCCGCCUCACAUUACCAGUGGGAAGGAACAUGGGAAAAAUUCAUAUUGGGAAGACACUAACGUUGUUUUAUUAGGAAAUCAGGAAACUGGAAAGCUGCGGGAAUAUUUGAAUGGUCCUCCAUUGCAGAUUGAAGUUCACGACCGAGAUAGGACAAUUAAGGAAGCCAAACUCAGGCCUACUUUAUUUGGGGAGGACAUGGAAGAUGAUAAAAUAGGGAAUGUAGGAAUGGUAACAGGUACAAAAUAAUAAACAAUAUUAAAUAUAUUAAGACAUUUUAAAGGA